UUUUUUUCCUGAUUUUCUUAGUUUUAUGGUCGUUUUAUUUGCGGUUAUUCCGUUAAUCUCGGGAUCGUUUGACACAAUGUAAACCCUGCGAGUAACUGUCUUGAACGCAGCACGUACGUGUCCCGGAAGAGGUCGCUGCGUCAAGGCGUGUUUCCGGAAGACGUGGCUUGUUGCUGCAGUAGCAGGCAGCUGUCAUCAGAUCUUCUCAUCAGAUCUUCUCUCCUGCCGGUUCUCUACCUCUUUGGUAGAUCGAUCCGCUCACCGCCAUCAUGAUCUCGCUCACGGACUCCCAGAAGAUCGGAAUGGGGCUGACAGGCUUCGGCGUGUUCUUCCUCUUCUUCGGGAUGAUGCUGUUCUUCGACAAAGCUCUUCUGGCCAUUGGAAACAUCCUGUUCGUGGCCGGGCUGUCCUUUGUCAUCGGGCUGGAGAGGACGUUCCGCUUCUUCUUCCAGCGGCACAAGGCCAAGGCCACGGGCUUCUUCCUGGGGGGGGUUCUGGUGGUGUUGAUAGGCUGGCCCAUCAUCGGGGUGGUGCUGGAGAUCUACGGCUUCUUCCUCUUGUUCAGGGGGUUCUUCCCGGUCGUGGUGGGGUUCAUCAGACGAAUACCCGUCCUGGGGUCCAUCCUAAACCUGCCCUUCAUCAGUGGAUUUGCGGACCGAGUGGGCGAGAGCAACACCAUGGUGUGACACGAUGAUGGACCGACACCCUGAGGUCUCCGGGGAACACGCCGAGAUCGAUGCUUUUAUAAAACUCCAAGUGGCCACCGGAGGCGCUGUUAUGCUAUAUAUUAUAACCCCCGCCCCCCCC